UCUUCCUCUCCCUGCAGGGUUAUUGCUGCACAUUUAGCAGACGGUACUCUCACAGAUUGAUGGGAACCACGAAAACAGCAGAAGCUUGGAGUUACAGUUAGUCAGCUGGCGGCGGGGAUCCGGUUGAUCAUUAUUUCUGGCACUAAUAGAUUUGAAUCGGGCUGUCCAUUCAGGCUAUGUGCUGUGGUUAAUGUCACACCCAGCUUAAGUUCCUCUACCAGCAGCUUGGGUUCUUCUUAUUUUAACUGUUUAACAACAUGUCCGAAGCUGGGACUGAGGGUGGAGCCGAUGCUGGUUCAGCUGUGUCGGACCCUCAACACUCCCAGAAGCUUUUAAGAGCCCUGCGGUCCUUCAGACAAGAAGGGAGUUUUCAGGACGCCGUACUGGUGUUGGAAGGAGAGCAGCUCCCUGUCCAGAAAAACAUUCUGGCUGCAGCGAGUCCAUACAUCAGGACCAAGCUAAAUUACAACCCACCCAAAGAGGAUGGAUCCAUAUACAAAAUUGAGCUGCAGGGCAUCUCUGUCCCCAUCAUGAAGCAGAUCUUGGACUAUAUAUUCAGUGGAGAGAUCACUCUAAAUGAGGACACUAUCCAGGAUGUGGUCCAAGCUGCUGACCUGCUGCUCCUCACUGACCUUAAGUCAUUGUGCUGCCAGUUCCUGGAGAGCUGCAUCACUGCUGAGAACUGCAUUGGUAUCCGACUGUUCUCUCUUCACUACUGCCUGCACCACGUCCACCAUGUGGCCACCGAGUACCUGCAGACACACUUCCGUGAUGUAGUGGACACUGAGGAGUUCCGUGAGCUGCCUCCUGAUCGGCUGCGCGAGCUGUUGUCCAUGGAAAAGCUUAACGUGGGCAACGAGAAGCAUGUACUGGAGGCGGUGGUCCGCUGGCUUGCACACGACAUCGAGGCCCGGCGGGUGCACAUGAAGGAGGUGAUGUCUGCAGUGUGGGUGCAAGGUUUAGACCAGAGCUAUCUGCAGGAGCAGAUGCUGGGAGACCCUCUCAUGAGGGAAGUGAUUGGACAGUGCUGCAUGGAGCCUCUGGGAGGUGCAGCACAGCAAGGGGAAGCACUGCUCGCUGCCUUCAAACCGCGUGGCUACUCUGAGUGCAUCGUCACUGUAGGGGGUGAGGACAGGGCCACUCGGAAGCCCUCUGCGGUGACGCGCUGUAUGUGCCCCCUCUAUGACAGAAACCGGCAGCUGUGGAUUGAUCUGAAGCCCAUGAAUGAGAGACGCAUUGGUCAUGGGGUGGUGACUGCUGAUGGGUGCCUUUUUGCAGUUGGAGGAACGGAUGAAAACAAAACUGUCUUGAAUAGUGGAGAAAAAUAUGACCCAGAGACUAACACCUGGACCCCUAUCCCACCAAUGAAACAGGCGAGGCGGCACUUUGGUAUUGCUGAGCUGGAUGGGAUGAUCUAUGUGCUGGGUGGAGAAAAUGAAGACACUGAAGUUCUCCUCACGAUGGAAGUGUUUGACCCUCACUUUAAUACCUGGACAACCCAGACCAGCAUGACCACAGUCCGAAAGUUUAGUUGUUGUGCUACCAUGAAGAAGAAGCUCUAUGUGAUGGGAGGAGGAUCUUAUGGGAAAAUUUAUGACUCUGUGGAAUGCUAUGAUCCUAAAACUCAGCAGUGGACUACGCUCUGCCCUCUGAAGGAGAGGAGGUUUGGCGCUGUGGCUUGUGGAGUCGGUCAGGAGCUCUAUGUGUUUGGAGGAGUGAGGAGCAGAGAUGCAGAUAAUCCAGAGUCCAGUCAGAUGACCAUUUGCAAGUCGGAAUUCUUUCACGAUGAAUUGAAAAGAUGGGUGCUCCUUGAUGAUCAGAACCUGUGUAUACACACUACAUCAUCCUUUGUAUACGGUGCCGUUCCUAUUGGUGCCAGUAUAUAUGUGGUUGGAGAGCUUGACACAGGCACUAGUUAUGAUUAUGUGCGAGAAUUCCGCCGCAGUACAGGCACUUGGCACCCUACUAGACCCCUCCUGCCCUCUGACCUGUGCAAGACUGGCUGUGCCGCCCUACGCAUCGCCAACUGUAAGCUGUUCCGGCUGCAACUCAAACAGGGCCUUUUCAGGAUUCGAGUGCCAUCCAUUUAAACCAAGUGCAAAUCCAUACCCCUGGUCACUUGUCUCUCAGCUUCCUGUUUGGAAGAAAGUUGCAUGUGGGUCUUGGGAGUCACUAUAGCUGUAACCGUACAUGGAUAUUGGGUGAGAAUACUUGAGGUAUAUAGGGACGUUUGGGCCUCUUUUGUUUACUUUGUUUCGAUGCCUUCUUAAGAGAAUGUAUGUACACAACCUUCUUGUUUUCUUUCUUUUUCUUUUUUUAACUGUUUGGGAGUUCCGUAUCAUAAUUUUGAUAAAUGGUAGCCUAAGUUUAGCUGCUUUUUUAAAGGUUAAUACUGUAAUUUCAGUGCAACAUAGGGUGGUUGUCGCUUGCUGCUGCUCACUUAGGCAAACACUAAUGCUUAUUUGAGAAAUGGAUGAUGCUGAGAAGCUUGUCGUUGCUAGACAACAGUUUUUUUUUUUUUUAUAAACUGAGUUAUGCAAUAACUGAAGUUGUGGUGAAAGACCACGCCUGAAACUCCUCCCUCCUAUGUCUAUUUGCCAUUACUAUUCUCUGUUACGAGUUUUUGCUUGCCCCCCCCCUUGGCUCCAUGAUUUCUACAUCUUCUCUAGAAUCUGCAGAAUAGGGGUUCUACUGCAAAGCUAAAGCUAUCCAGAACAGAGAAGUUUUUCCCCCUCUACAGUUUACAGUCAAAAUUGAUUGAAGGCGUGGUCUGGACCUGCAAGUUAAUUAAUUGUCUUAAAUUCAAGUGUCCUACCGAUGGGACCGAUUUUUACAUGUCAUUGUAAGGAUGGUGUGAAGCGUGUUAUGAAAAGUAUUUUGACAAAAUGGUGGAGGAUGUGGAUAUUUGCAUACAUACAUACAUACAUACACACAUGUAUGUAUGUGCAAGAAUUGGUUACCCUUUUCAGGCUUUUGCAUUUAUGGUACAGUGUACAAUAUACCUCACAGAAUUAAUUAUACAUCAUAUUAUACACUAGAUUGGGGUAUAGGAUGAUUCAAGUGUUACAUGUUAUUUUUUAAUAUUUUAUGUUUUACAUUUACAGUUGGUAGUGUGAUCAGUACGGAUAAAAUCUUUCUCUGGGAUUCUUGAAACAACUACUUGUCUCCCUUUUUAGUCAUUGUAUGUAUUAUGUGUUUGACCCUUGAACUGGCUUCCCACUCCCUGCAGACGGUUUUGGCAUCUGGCGACCCCAUUUGUUCUGUGCACGUCACAGCUGCUGCUGUCCAUUCUAAUUGAAGGCCCACACAUUACAAAUUCACUUCUACAGAAACGCACUUUCACAUGCAAGCACUACAUGAGUGAAGCAAUUCACAUCUAAACACAAUACAUAUAUAAAUAAUGUGUUGCACACCAGAUCACAUGGUCCUAACCAGUGUUACAUGAUCAUUGAACUUCUGUCUUUUGCUUACAGUUUCAUUGCACUAGACCAUUGAAAGAAUAUUACUGUAACAUCAUUAGAUAGAUAGAUUAAUUUAUUGUUACUAAUUGUGGAAAUUUGAGGGAAAUUAUUACAAUCAUAAUUCUAUCCAAUAAAUUAAAUAGAUUUGAAGGGAAUUAUUAUAUCUAAAGCUACAGAUGUACUGAUAAAUUAUAGACUAUUAUCAUAAAUGGACUUGUAAAAUCUGCUGUAGGUCAAAGUACAUUAAAGCUACAUAGCAUUCCUGCUGGACAUCAAAAUAUGUUGUUCCAAGUGUAAAGAUUAACAUCAUGAUUUCAAACUCAUAUUCGAUACGAUCAUAAUCUCAGGUAUCUCAUGUGCUAUGUACCUUUGAUUUAUCAACACUGUGUCCAAAAUCAUAUUUAAUAACACUCAGCUAUGCACCUGAGUUUGACGAUUAUUGUAGCAUCUGAAUGUUUUUUCUGCAUAUAACCAUGUCGGCUUUCAAAGUGACUCAGCUGUUAAUCUCUUUAUCAUCCUGCUGACAAACUUUUCUCUUCCAUCCCUCGAGAAGUUGUGGUUAUGUACACGAUGACGUAUUUGGCCUUUUAUCAUUUAUUUGCUGUUGCUCUGAACUGUGACAAUGUUCAAGACUGUUGACAUUAAAAUGGACCAAAGUAACUGCAUGGAACAGUGUGUGCAGUCCAGUAUGGUAUAAAACAAUCAUUCACAGAUUUGUUUGUUUUUUAAUGAAAAAAAAAAUGUUUGGUUCAAAGACAUCACAUUGUUGGGGAAGACAGUUCCUGUUCAUUGCUUUUAUUGGACAGUCUUUCUUAAAUUGGCUGAGAAAUUUAGCUUUGUAUAAUACUUGCACUAUUAUAUGAGACAGCAUAUAAUAGAGCCUGAUGUAAAGUAGGACUAAUCUAGCAUAUUUAAUGUAGCAGUAAAACACAGAAAUUGUCAUCUGUACUGAACCAUUCUGACAGUGGUGUUCACGCCCAGUACUUUAAACAUACAGUGUGCUUGUGCAUGUGCAAACACAUGAUAACUAUCAACACACUCCACAUUCCUUCAUGUGCCAUUGUUUACAGUACACUGUAGGCUCUAGAGCCAUAGACGUAUUCUCACACAACACCUAAACAAGCACCUUGAGAAUGAAGAAUUGCACAAUCAAGGGUUUAUUUGGCCCUGUACGCAUCUCAUUUUGCUCAGAGAUGCUCACUUCUUUGCCAAAAAAAACAUUGCAGUUAUUACUAUUACAUUGUCAGCAAUAGUAAUAAAGGCACUACCAGAUGCUUGAUGUAUUAAGGCUUACUAAGAUGGACCACACUAAAAUUGACAGAGAUUAAAAAAAAGCACCUUCAUAAAUGAUGGAUUCUAUAGAAUGUAAGGACUGUCACAUUAAAUGUUUGACUUUUUGUCAUUUGUAUCUAAUCAGCAACAAACAUUAAAUGCAGAAUUAAAAUGAAUAAUUUCUCAUGA